UUGUACUUGUUGUUGUUUUACCUCCCAACUGAAGCUUUAACUUUAGAGUUUCGUGAAGUGAGUUUAUCAUCUGCUGGUGAAAAUGGCUAAACAUUCAAAGAAAAGAAGGUCCAAGAGGUUAUCUUCUUCAAGUGAGGAAGAUGAGAAGGUAUCUAAGAAGCAGGAUGACAGUCACAGCUACAAACAUUCGAAAAAGAAAUCUAAAAAGCAUCACGAGAGGCAUGAAAAACACCAUAAGAAAUCUGUUAAAGAUGAUUCCCGAAGCACCCGCCUGAUCAAAAAGGCUGUCUAUAAACAACUAAAAGCACAAGCUGCAGAGGAGAAAGCCAUUAAUGAUAAAGAACAGUGUACAAACACCAGAAGAGUUUCUGUGCCAUCCUUGAGGGAAAGGUGCUCCAGUAAAGAAAUAAAAUCGGCGUCGGGGAAAGGUACAACCAUCAGUGGAAGCAAGACUGAAGGAGGAUCCUCAAAACCCUUUGACAACAACAAUGUAGCUUUGGUUCUUAAGACAAAAGAGGAGGCAUUAAAAGACAAGUUAGAUCAAAAAUCAUCCCAGAGGAGCCAAUCCAAAUCCGAAAGGCAGCAAAGGAGUCCUGAGUUAGAACAGAAAUCCUCCCAGAGGAGCCAAUCCAAAAGGCAGCAAAAGAGUCCUGAGUUAGAUUUAACUGAACAGGAAGACAAAAGCAAGAGUGUAAAGAAACUGAGGUCCAAAUCUGAGGAACCAUCAAGGAAUGAUAAUGAGAGCAGUACUAUCAAGAGCUGCGAACCUACUACCUCUAUCUUCAAGGAUUCUUUGGAGCAGAAGAGGAAGGAGCUGGUCCAACGCAAAAGCCUUCAAGUAAAGGAGGUGAUGGCCAAAAGCAGCUUGUUUACAGACUCAAAAUAUACAUCUGCCUCUUUUACUGAGAACUCUAUCACUUCAGCCAACCGUACGACCUCAGAGAGUAGAUCUAAGGAGUUGAAGAGUGAACCUUCAACGUCUGAGAAUGGCUCAUCAUCAUCUUCAGAAAAAGCAAAGCAGUUAUCAGCUGCACAAAAACAAGCACUUUCUCUAAAAUUUGUACCAUUUAAAUUUAGGAUACCCAAAAAGGUUUGGCCAAAACCCAUACGUGGAAAUAUUGUUGAAAAAAGAGAUGCUAUUUCUUCAAACAAAGAUCUCAAACAUGAGACUAAACCCCCCGACUCUGGAUGCUUAACAAUAAAAGCAAAGCCGGAAACAGUCCAAGAAGUUCCAAGCUGUUCUGAUAGUAUCCCCAAUUUUCCAUUUGAAAAGCAAGAUAAGAGCUCAUCUGUGUCUGUCCAGCUCCCGCCUCCAGAUGAUCCCAACUCUGAGCCAUUGAAUGACCAGAUGCAAGUGGUUGAAGAGCUUCAUCUUGCUCGUUCUGAGAAGAGGUUGGAGGUAAAUGUUAUGACGAGCUAUGGUGAACUGACCUGUAUGGAUAUAGAUUCUCCAGAAGAGGCACCAGCAGACUCCAUAUGCAGGCAGCUUCAACAGCAGGUCCUGAUCCUCGUUUUGGACACAAAUAUUCUCCUCAGUCACUUGGAUUAUGUGAAAAAGAUCAGAUCCCAUGGCCUCGGAGCCUUGGGCCUUCACGUUGUCCUGAUUCCUUGGGUGGUACUUCAGGAACUGGAUUCCCUAAAAAAGGGGAGAGGUCUGUCAGGGUCCGUGGCCCACUUGGCAACUCCUGCCAUCUCAUACAUUUAUAAUGCUUUAAAGAACCGGGAGCAGCAUCUUUGGGGGCAGUCGAUGCAGCAGGCAGCUGAGAGCCGCAGUGGUCUGAACACUGAGAAUAAUGAUGACAGAGUGCUGCAAUGCUGCCUGCAAUACCAGAAUAUGCACCCAGAGUGUGCUCUGAUCUUAUGCACUAAUGAUAAAAAUCUAUGCAGUAAAGCCCUCCUGAGCGGGGUGAGGGCCCUCUGCAAGAGUGAUUUGGAGGCAGAAGUUGAGAGGUCCAAACGUGGCCUUCACAAUAUCCAAAGCAUUCAGGCUCCAUUGCUUCCCCACGUCAGUCCCCAGCUCACAUCGCCGGCGUCGAGCCGGAGCUGCACGCAGGCCCAGGAACAAAAGCACGAGAACACUCGCCUCUCUGUAGGCACGCUAGAGAAAGAUAUAAAGCGCCUCAACGAAAGAGAUGAGGAUGAGGCAAAACAGAGCCUUAGCAGAUGUUUUGUUGAGCUAGAAGAAUGUCUGCAGGAGGUGUUGUCUGAGGUGCUGGAGGUCGAGAUGAAGGCUGUGUACGAAGAUCUGUGGUUAGAGGUAGUUUACAUAAAACCCCCCUGGACUCUUCGGGAUGUCUUGCAUUGUUUAAAGAAGCACUGGAUUGCUGUCUUUGGACAUAUUGCCCCACGGAGGAUGCUUGAAAAUGUUUUAAGCCUCAUCACCUUCUUUAACUCAGGUGAAUCAUCAGACCGCCAUGCUGUCUCACUGGCUCUUCAGGGUGCUAAAGAGCUGCUGAAAGCAUUUUGUGCAAGUUCCAACCAUGCCCCUCGCGCCAUCACUACUCUGGAAAACAUUUUCAAUAAGCUGCAUCCUCAGCAACAUGUGGAGGGAAAAUCUUCUGCUUGUGAUGUUGUCAUGAAUGAUGAUGAUGAUGAAGAAGAGGACAAACAACCCACAUCUGCUCAGCUCUCUCACCAGGAAGUGUGGGCCGUGUUUGAGGACAUCUGGUCUAACGUGUAUCAGCUCAGCUUGGAAGUGUUCAAAGCGCUCCGCUUUGACCCUCACACCAUGCAGGCCAUGCUGCCAUUGGGAGAUGCUCCACCGCCACAGGACGCCUUGGCGUGUUUGCACACACUGUCCUCUCUGGUAUCACAGCUGCUGCAGGCCUUCAGCAGCGUGUUGUCCUCGGACCCUGGUUUGGGGGAAGCUCAGACUCUGCUCAGCAUUAUCCAUUCUAGUAAAAUCGUUAACGAAGUUUCCAGAUUAACAGCCAAAGACGUUCUCGAUUGUUUCUCACAGCUAGACUACAGGGAGAAGCUCCGUGUCGGCGGGAGCCAGCUCGUGGAGCUGAAAGGAGCCUUGGAUGGUUGUGUUCAAGCCGCAGGCCAACACACCGCCUGCACCAUGCAGCACUGAUCAAACCACAUCGGUCUUGAAUAAAGAGUCCUUUACUUGAACUAAUACUUGUAAGUUUCAGCUGCAUGUGGUCUGGAUCUUUUGCUGCUUUAAUUUCCAUCCAUAAACAUGCUUCUUUGGUUAAAGUCAAGGUUUAUUCUCGAUGAAUGGAGGUUCUGUAGCUGUUUUCCACUGCUCUGAGACUUUAUUAAACUGACCGUAUUUCUGUUUAAGUUUGCUUAAUGGUAUGUUAAAACAUUAAUCCAUCUAACAGUGCCGAUAUCUCCUGCUGAUAAUCAAUCGGUCCACUGUGAAAGGGCUUGUUUUUUAAGUUUCAGGUAAAACUCCACUUGUUGGAAAUGUGUAUGCAACAUAAAACAAUAUAUUUCAAUAUAGAAAAAAUGUAUAUUGUAUUUUUCAGUAAUUAUUGAAAAAGCUAAUUUUAUUUUUUACAAUUUUACCUCAGUUUUUUUUUUAUACAAGAUAUUUAUUUAAAUGUUGUUUUGGACUGGAUAAAUGUGCAAUGAUGCAAGAAAUCUGACCCCCGUCUGUGUUUCUGCAAAUUAAAACAUUUAAU